CAAAGCUAACCACCCGGCGCUUAGGCAGUGAGCGCACAAGCUUCACUGGUGUUUGUGGCGAACGCUAAACUGAGCUGCUCUCUGUCCAAAGCGACAGGAAUGUAGCGUCUAAUGAAAGUGUACAAGGGCACUUUCAACUUUGAGCGCUGCAGCUGCGGCAGUACAUCAAAGGAGAGACAUUUCUCGGAAAACAGGAGGAAGGUUUUAUUGUUCACGUUCUUCUUCGCAGCUCUGGUUUCAUGAAAAAAUAUAUACCGUAUAUUUAUUUAUUUAAAAUUAAGUUUUCUGCAAGGUGGCAUUAUGACGGCUUUGCAUUUCUUUGGGUUUCCGGAGCUCAUGGAUUUGACAGCCCACUGUCACUUUGGAUUCGGUAUUUGACCUGCAACUUUUUAAAUUAAUACAAUACUCAAAUCAAAACCCAGUAAACGCGAUCAUGGCAUUGGACCGUACGCCGGUCACAUCACGGCAGCUGCUUGUUUGGGUUGUAAUAGCUCAUCAUUUCAUUUCCGUCACUGCUUGCGAUGAAGCCUUCUACAGCCACGCCAUUGAGGAGUACUGUCUGAGCAAGUUUAAAUUUGAUAUGGACGCUCUUGGGCAGCGCUACUGGUGCGAAUGGGAGGAAACAGUCGGGUCCUACGGCGAGCUCACCAACUGCACGUUUCUGAUAGCUGAGAAGCUGGAGUGUUACUGGCCCAACCGGCUGGUGGAUGAGUUCUUCAUCGGCAUCCACAAGCUUUACUUCAGAAACUGCUCGCUGUCCGGCCGCUCCCUCAGCGAUCCCCCCAACAGCGUCCUGGGUCCUUUCAUCGUGGUGCCCAUCCUGGUCACGCUUCUCGUGACUGCGCUGGUGGUGUGGCGCAGCAAACACAGCGAAGGGAUCAUAUAAGCACCCAACCCCUCCCACCCACCCACCCACCGACUUCAGAACUACCAGUAGACACCUCCAGCUAGGGAGGAGGGAAGUGGGGGCAAUCAUUUCUUAACCAAAUGGUGCCCACCCUACCCUACCAGCAGCCGCAGCAGACUCAUCAACAGUGCCAUCCUAGAUUUGGGUGCAAAGGUUGCAAAGAUUGAAAAAAAAUAAUUAUGCAUGAUGUGUUUUUUUUUUUUUUUAAAUACAAAUUUGAAUUAUGAUAUUACAUGAACACCAGAGCUCUGCAGCAGCCCACUGUGGACCUUCUAAUUCUGAGGACAAGCCUUCCUGUACCAGGAGAUGGUGGCCCGUAUUGUUACAUGGAUAAUAAACUCAGCAGCUGGAUGUUUGAAUGAGUGACUAACAAGGACAAUAUUCAGGGUCCCGGCAACUGUGGCUGAUGAACCCAGCAAACAAUGGACUACCUGGUCGGUUUCUGUUUUAAAGGACAAGCUGCAGUGAGGUGCUGCAUAAACACUGGAUAAAUACAACAAAAAACGAAACUGUAGUCAUAAUUUCUAAAUUAAUAUAUUUGAAAAUUCACUUCAGUUAUUUCUGCUGUGCCAAUGCUUGAAUAUAAUAAUAAUAAUAAUAAUAAUAAUAAUAAUAAUAAUAAUAAUAAUAAUAAUAAUAAUAAUAAAUUAUAACUUUUGAUUACAGCUUAUGGAAACAUUAAAAAGCCAGAGCCUGUUAA